AUGGAGUUGAUGAACAGCUAUGACCGUCGCAUCUGGCACUGGUGGGUCAUGAGCGAUAUCAUCAGCAAAUCGAACGACAAGAUCCGAGUUCAAAGCCAAAAGCAUGACAGCGAGUCCCCCGUCUGCGCAACCGUACAUAAAGAGCUCCUGUGCUUCUAUUCGCCUUACUACACUGCUGCCAUCAAAGGUGGCUUCUCCGAAAGUCGCCAGGAUCUUCUCACUCUCAGCCUCAGUGCUUCGCAGACGCGACUGUUCGUGGAGUGGCUCUAUACAGGUCUCUGUGAUCGUGGUCUGUGGGACGAAGAUGACCUCUACGCUCUGUACAUCUUCGCUGACCAGACGGAUAUCAUCGCCCUUCGCAGAACUAUCACAACUCGCCUGAAAUCAAUGUGCCGCACUCGAGUCACUCCUGGCGAAAUGGCAAGACUUGUUUCUCAACUUCCCAGAGGCUCUGGAUUGCGAUGCUUUCUCUUAGAAGAAGCCCUUUUCAACCGUACGACAGCGCUCAGAGAAGGCAAGGUAGCUACAUGGGACUGGGAGCAGCAGGGCUAUGUACCUGAAGACUUUCCUGAAGACUUCUACGCCCAGCUCGUCAAUGGGCAUAUCGAAAACAAUGGGNAAGGUCGGUCUUCCUUGUUGUUCAGCAAUCCAUGCAACUACCACGAGCAUGAAAAUGGGGAAGAAUGGAAAAUGACUUGUGGCAGGAACUUCAUCAGCCGUUAUGAGCUGAAAUCUGAACUCAAAUACUUCAGAAACCCAAGCGCUGAUGAUCAGGUUCCUGCUGCCCUAUUCAGUGGCAAGAAAUUGAUCGAAGCAAACACUGAUGCUCAGAUUGCUGCUUGCUCCUUACAGUAG